AUGGCGCUCGUCCCUCGGUCACGGAUACUCUCCUUGAUGAAGGCCCAAUGUCGCAUCUUUGACCACACCUACAACCCCGAAGGCAUUCGGCUUGGAAACAAAGUUCUCCGCCAGCGAUUACGAGGAUCAGUUCUCGCAUCCUACUACCCCCGAAAUACUGUAACCACUCGCGAUUUACAAGACGCCUUUACUCCGUUUGGCCUGUACACUUGGAAUGAAGACCAGGAGGACCGUCUAGCUUCUAUUAGAGCGAAAAUCGCUCGUAGGAAGGGGACACCAAAGAAGAAGCGCACUGCUGCAGAAUCCAAGAAUAGUAAAAAGAAGAAAUAG